AUGGGCUUCGUUGAAAAUGGCCAUCCAUGUCGACAGCAUCAGCGCAUUGCUAGUGCUACUAUACGUCGCGAUCCUUGCGUACCGGCUAUUCCGCACCAUCAACAUUGCAAAUUGCAUCGGCCUACCGAUCCUGGUGUACCCAAUAGAUCAAAGCAGCAUCAUCUGGCAAUUGCUGUCGGCCUCCUUGAGGCCAUGGUUGGCGCGUACUCUCCCCACACGAAUCUGGAAGCAGCGCAGGGUUGUUGCGAGUGUGACAACGAGCGCGUCUCCAAGACCAUUUUUGAUGCGGCCAUAUGUCAGGCUACGGGUAUGCUGGAUGAGCCGCUUUUCAUCACUGGUGCCGAGAAGGGGCAGAAAUGGAGCUCGGCUGAGUCGUCUGAGGUGUUCGAUAUGAUCAAGCGGACCACAAUCCAUGUACUGAGUGAAGCUGGUAUGGGCACAAAGGUUCCAUGGAGGGAGUAG